AUGGCAGAGCUCCGGAGCAUGGGAACGGAUGCUUUUCUUGCUUUCGGAGCUCUCGCGCCUCCUGCCUCCAAGGCGGACAGGAUGCUGGACCUGGGCUUCAUCGACGCAGUGAAAGCGUUGAUCUCCAAGAUGCCCAAGGCUGGGGCAAGGCAUGGCAAUGGCAAGGCGGCCCGCAUCAGCCCCCCUCCCUUCACGAGGCUGGGAAGUGGGGCACUCAGCGAUCGUGAAAGGUUCUGCGCAGGUAAAGGCUGCAUAUCCCGUGCUAGGUCACUUGGGAAAACGGAAGCGGCGUGUUUGAAAGUCGGCCCGAGGCGGCAGACCUGCAUGUUCAGUGCCACUUGGCCUGCCGUAGCCUCGGAGACUCGGAGAGUGGCUGCGUGGGCUCUCGCUGCUCUCUUCCAGGCCACGGUGCAUUCUCUCGCGACGAAGUUCCUGAACGAGCCCAUGCAUGUGGGCAUCGGCUCUGUCGAUGAGGGCAUGGUGGCGAACACAGCCAUUCGACAGCUCGUGGAGGUGAUCAGCAACGAGAAGGACAAGCCGGCACGUCUACUUCAACAUUUGAAGAAACAUUUCAGUCCCGACAAGAAGGUGAUCAUCUUUGGCUUGUACAAGAAGGUGGGCAGCCUGAAGCUGUUCUUCAGUCGGCGGGAAGCCUUUUCAAAGGAGACGGCCUGGCUGGAGAACUUCUUGUGGGAGAAGGGCUACGAAAAGGUCAUUGCAUUGCAGGGUGCGCAGGCCCUAGGUCCCCAGGUUCGCCGCUCGCAGCCUCAAGCCAUCGCAGACUUCAAGGCGACGAAGAAGACUCCACUUAUCGCCACUGACGUUGCCAGCCGAGGUCUGGAUGUCCAGGACGUGGAGCUGGUCAUCAAUUAUACUUUCCCUUUGACCAUCGAGGACUACGUGCAUCGUAUCGGUCGAACCGGCCGAGCAGGCAAGAAAGGCUUGGCGAUCUGCUUCUUCUGUCCAGAGUCGAAGGGGGCCCAAGAUGAGAAGGCGCACGCAGGUGACCUUUGCAAAGUCCUCCGCGAUGCAAACCAAGAAGUGCCCAAGGAGUUGGAGAGCAUUGCCAGCACCUCUGGUGGUAACAAGGCGACGAAGAAGAAGGCCUUCAAUGUGCUCCGACUUCAGAAGCCCUUUCCUUCGCUCCGGAAAGUGCGGUGGACAGAGUCACUGACAGAAGCUAUCGAGCAGCUCCAUCUGGCAACUGACACACGAGAUGAUCGGCCGCUCGACCGCCUGAUGGUACCGGCCGUCGAAGAAGAGGAGGAUGGCUCCGAGGUUCCUGUGAUGGCCUUCGACCCGAACUCUCUCGAAGAGCCCGUGCCUUUCCUUCCGACCACGCCGCAGGUUUUCCUUCAAGGCUCUCAGCUCGUCACCCUCUGCAAGGCAUGGCUUCGCACAAAGGCCGCCGACCGGGUGACGACGGCCCAUCUGGCCGACCAGCUAAGUUCCAUCUCGCAGCUGCUUCCUUCGAUCACCUUGCGCCCUUACCGUAGCCUCGACCCGGCUAGGCUGAAGCUCUCGGGCAGCGCAAACUGGGUUCCAGACCUUUCCCGUGAAUCCUCGGCAAAGAUCUUUGACCUGGCCCCGCGUUGGGAUGCCCUUGGCCUGCUCAGGUUCCUUGGCAGGGCCUUCAUCUGCUUUGCCUUGCGGCCCGCAGCUCACGGGCUUGUGCAUCAACUUGGCUUCAUCUCGGUCACGGACCGAAAGGAUUUCUACCAUCAAUUGGCGGCCCUCAUCAUCGAUGACUUCUUCUCUCCCGGGUCGCUACGCCCUCCUGGCCACCAGCUACCGAGAGGCGCGGCAGGGAGAGGAGCGCCACUAAUGCAGCUCCCCGCUAACAAAGCUCCGGACGUCAUGGCUUACACCUGGACACUGAAUACGCCGAUAUGGAGAUGCUGCGGUACUCGCUACCGCUACAGCAGACCGAGAAGGCGCUAA